AUGGCGCUGGUUAUAGAAUCCCGGGUACCUGCAGCGGCCGGAGCCGGGCCCGGGAGCUCGGCGCCCGGUACCGAGUAGCGCUGUUCUGGCCGCGGGGCUGCGCUCGAGGGUUCGCAGUUCCCCUGACCUCGGGGGACACCUGCGUCCUUCCUCCCCGGCGCGUCCAUGAACUCGGUGUCGCCGGCCGCGGCGCAGUACCGCAGCGGGAGCCCGGAGGACGCGCGCCGGCCCGAGGGUCGCCGGGCGAGGGGACAAACCCGGAUCCCGGAUCCCAACAGCCUGGGACCCUCGGGGUCGGGCGGGGCAGCUCUAGGAUCGUCUGGGACCGACCCCGCCGAGCCUGACGAGGUGGACAAGUUCAAAGCUAAGUUCCUGACAGCCUGGAACAACGUUAAGUAUGGUUGGGCAGUUAAAAGCCGGACCAGCUUCAGCAAGCUCUCCAGUGUUCACCUCUGUGGGCGGCGCUACCAUUUCGAGGGAGAGGGUGACAUCCAGCGGUUUCAAAGAGACUUUGUAUCUCGACUAUGGCUCACAUAUCGCCGGGACUUCCCACCCCUAGCUGGGGGCAGCUUGACCUCAGACUGUGGCUGGGGAUGUAUGUUACGAAGUGGCCAGAUGAUGCUGGCCCAGGGCCUGCUCCUGCAUUUUCUGCCUAGAGACUGGAGGUGGAUGGAGGGCACAGGCCUGGCUCCCCCUGAGAUGUCAGGGCCAGCCUCUCCCAGCCGCUACCGUGGGCCUGGUCGUCGUCGUGUGCCCUCACGAUGGACCCAGGGUACACUGGAGAUGGAGCAGGAUCGUUGGCACCGGCGGAUUGUGUCCUGGUUUGCUGACCAUCCGCAGGCCCCCUUUGGGCUACAUCGGCUAGUGGAGCUUGGGCAGAGCUCUGGCAAGAAGGCGGGAGACUGGUACGGGCCCUCUGUGGUGGCACACAUCCUCAGGAAAGCUGUGGAGAGUUGCUCGGAGGUCACCCGCCUGGUGGUGUACGUCUCUCAGGACUGCACAGUGUACAAGGAGGAUGUGGCACGCCUGGUGUCCCGGCCAGACCCCACGGCUGAGUGGAAGUCUGUGGUCAUCCUGGUACCUGUGCGCCUGGGUGGGGAGACCCUCAACCCCGUGUAUGUGCCCUGUGUGAAGGAGCUCCUUCGGUCAGAACUCUGCCUAGGCAUCAUGGGGGGCAAACCCCGGCAUUCGCUGUACUUCAUUGGCUACCAGGAUGACUUCCUGCUCUACUUGGAUCCCCACUACUGCCAGCCCACAGUGGAUGUCAGCCAGGCUGACUUUCCCCUUGAGUCCUUUCACUGCACCUCGCCCCGCAAGAUGGCCUUUGCCAAGAUGGACCCCAGCUGUACCGUAGGGUUCUACGCUGGGAACAGGAAGGAGUUUGAGACUCUCUGCUCGGAGCUGAUGAGGAUCCUCAGCUCCUCCUCAGCCACAGAGCGAUACCCCAUGUUUACUGUGGCUGAGGGCCACGCUCAGGACCACAGCCUGGAUGCCCUCUGCACCCAGCUCUCCCAGCCCACACUGCGGCUGCCUUGCACAGGACGCCUCCUGAAGGGCAAACGGCCCAGCUCUGAGGACUUUGUGUUUUUAUAGUGGGAAGGGAUGGGGAAAGAUGCCAGACUAUUUAUUUUUUUAUUUAUGUCAUGUCAGGUAUGGGAUCUAGAACUCCGAUGGCAGUGCUGGAUCCCCUGUCCUCAUGUCCCCCAUCCUCCCCAACACAGCUGACAUCUGUCUAGGCCCCCAGCUUGGGGCUGUGCCCUUUAGCUGCCCCCAUGCCCCCUCAGGAGCCAGGGAUGGAGAGUGGGCUCCAGGGCACUCACUCAGGGCCUGAUUCAAGUUCUGUAGCCUGCACUGGAUCACUGUACUCACUGGUCCCAAGGUCCCAAAGCCCCUGUCCUGGGAGAACCGACUGGCUGCUGGGUGGAGGCUGAUAAAGACGCAGACUUGAACACGCUGGGGUUGCUUGACUUUUCAGGCUGUUUUAUACACAGUUCGGACAGCCUGUUUCCACACUGAGAAGAGACAGCCAGCGUCCUUGCGUACAGGCAGAUUAUACAGGUUGGGGGAGGUAACUAGUCAACAGCUUGGUUGUAGAGGUAGCCUGCUCCCUUGGCCCUCAGGGGUGGCUCUGCUGUUUCCUCCUCUGGCGGCCCAAUUGGCGGAAAUGCAGCCUUUUUGGGUUGAGACCAAAGGCCUGCAAUCUCUGUCGGCUGAACUUGUGACCUCCAAGUGUCACCGUGGGACCCAACAGCCUGGCCUUCUUGUUCUUGUGCCUCUGGGAAGCUGGCUUCUCUGGGCAGGGUGUGUGUGUGAACUCUUCUUCCUUGGCUACUUGGAGCUUGUGGGAAGAGGUCAGAGUCUGAGACCCAUCAGCCACGGACAGCUGUCCCUGUGGGCUGGCCUUGCCCUGGGACUUCCCUGUGGCUUCUGUGGGCAUUUCCAUCCUACAAGAGAAAAAGUCAAAGUUCAGGUCAGCUUGCUGUUCAGAACAGGCAGUGAUUCCCCCAUUUUUCUUUCGUUCUUUUUGUUUGUUUGAGGAGGGUAUUGUGUAGCCCAGGCUACCCUCAAACUCUGUGUACCCAAGGAUGCCCUUUAACUUUUUUGUUUGCUUGUUUUUUUUUUUUUUCUGAGACAGGGUUUUUCUGUGUAGUUUUGGAGCCUAUCCUGGAUCUCACUCUGUAGAUCAGGCUGGCCCACUCAGAGGUCUGCCUGCCUCUGUCUUCCGAGUGCUGGGAUUAAAGGCGUGUACCACCACCACCCAACUAUCCUUUAA